AUGGCCAUGGAGCAGGGAAGAGUGACGGAAUUCGAAGGAAAGAGCCUCGACCAGAUACAAAUUGAGCCUGAAGGGAGAGCAGUAGAGAUCCUCUCACAAACGGACGGGCUAAAAGAAACUUCAAGCGGAGAACCUUCAACCAUUCAUCCAGAUGCACCCCAUGGUAGUGGCAGUGCCCCUUCUGAACGUAAGGAGAGCUGUGGCCCCCGCCCCGUCAGCCCGGCCCACAUCAGCCCGGCCCACAUGAGCCCGGCCCACAUCAGCCCGGCCCCCGUCAGCCCAGCCCACAUCAGCCCGGCCCCCACAUACGGGACCUCUCUCCUCUUCCAGCGGCUGAAACGUGGACGGUCCGUGCCUCGGCGUGUUGUGAUCGCUGUGGGAAGCGGCGGCGUGGACCUUGGGAAGCUAAACGGCGUCGAUGAGGGCCGCAUGCUAAUGUUGUGCGCUGAAUGGGACGCUUGUGUUCUGACUUCAAAGACAUUACUGUGUUACAUCUGCAGAGUUUUAACGAAGUGGGUCAAGGCCAGAGAAGAGCCGGGCGUUUCAAACACACGCAACCAUCCAGAGCUCUAG